UUUUUUAUUUAAACUCUCUCUUUCUUUUUCUCUUCCUUUCUUUCUUAUUAUAUCGACACUAUGAACUUAUUACUUUGUCCCUUGUUUUUAUUGAUAUUCACUUUUACUACUAUCUCCUUUUGGACAAAACAUAACAGUCACGCAAGUCUUUUUUUUUUAUCAUUUUGUAGUGAAGUUCUGAUUUUUUUUUUUAUACACAUAUUUUAGUUGGUUUACAGUCAAUUAACCCAAAGAAAUAACAUGAGUUGUCAUCAUCUUGAUGAAUUCCUGCAGUCUACAAGACAACAACUUGGUACAACAAAGAAAAAAGUGAUUAUUACAGGCAAUGAUUCUGCAGAUCUCGAUUCUAUUAUUUCCUCACUUCUUUUUGCUUAUCUAAGCACAAUCCUAUCCAACUCAACCAAAACAACAGUCUAUAUUCCUAUAGUCAAAGUCCCAAAGGCAGAUCUAGAGCUUCGUCCUGAAUUAAAAUUCGUCUUGGAUCAAGCUCAUGUCGACUAUACAAAACUCAUUUGUCUUGAUGAACUUCAUCGGAUAGACCCUAAAGAUACGCAAAUUAUCUUGGUCGAUCAUAACCAUUUAACAGCUCCAUUCGAUCAACCUCCCUGGAAUGCAUGUCAAGUGAUGGGCGUACUAGAUCAUCAUGUUGAUGAAAAGUAUUAUCUUGAUGCUCCAUUGCGCAAUAUUCAAAUGGUAGGUUCUUGCGUGACGUUAGUACUUGAGCACUUUAUAAAGCAACGGAUAGAUGAUGAUAAUACAUGGUUAAAUGAACACAUGGCUCGCUUAGCUUUAGCUCCUCUCUUAGUAGAUACGGUUAAUUUAAAAUGGGAGCUUGGACGAACAACUGAAUUGGAUCUUUCCAUCUUUCAUAUUCUUCAAAGAUAUCAACACAAGGAAGAAGGGACAAUGACAUCAAGUACAGAUGACUAUUUCAAGGCCAUUGAAAAAGUAAAAUCUCAAGUCGAUAGCAUGUCUAAUCCUGAUAUCUUACGUCGUGACUAUAAAGAGUUUAAAGUAGGUCCCUAUCGCAUCGGUACAAGUGCUGUUACUUGGCAUUUUCGUGCUUGGGCUGAAAGAGAAACAUCUGGAUAUCAAACCAUCUCAGAAGCUGCUUGGGAAUUCGCUCUUCAACGUCAACUAGACAUGGAAGUCAUCUUUACUGCAUUUGAUCAUGAUAGAGAUCACAUUAAAACAAUGAAGGGUGAUUAUCGACGUGAAUUAGCUAUCUUUGUAAGGACACCUGCUUUAAUGGCUGUAAAACGAGAAUUAGAAAACAAUACUGAUAUUCAACUUGUAAAGAAUGGUGAAUUCAAAGAAAAUGAUAACAUGAAGGCUUCAUUUUAUGAUCAAGGCAAUGUGAAAAUGUCAAGGAAACAAGUUUGGCCUCUUUUGAAACAAUUCAUAGAAAAAUCCUUAAAUUGCAUAAAAGAAUAAAACAUGAUUUAUGGAUUGUGUAAAAUAGAAACGUAGAAUAACGUGAAUGUCUAAACUCAGCCAAUCAGAUAUUACCCUUUUGUAAACGUGAUUUAAGGAGAGGCUUAAUUUUACAUAUCACUUUGUCAAAAAAAAA